CUAGCUUGUAGCUCACUCAUGUCAGUACGUCAGGUGGCCUGUCCGGCGGGUAGGUUCGAUUUGGAGUGUAUGGGUAUGAUGUCGUUGGACGGCAGGAAGGGCGAGAUGUUGACGUCCAUCGAAAAACCAUUCAGCCUGCCGUAGAGGGAAGGGGAGAGAGAGGUGUUUGCGGCGUAAAGCGGUGUGCGUGUGUGAGUGGCUGCCACGUCUCGUCUCACCUGGGUGUGAUGAUGAGUUGGGAGCUGAUGAACUCCCGAAACUCUUCAAAGCUCAGCAACCCGUCCCUGUCAACAUCAUACUGGUCGUAACUCUGACAAAGCGCACAGACAGACAUACACAGACAGGGGCAUACGGUAUGCUUGCUUCUGCACACCAACAGUCCUCUGCCUGUCUCUAGCCGACUUACAUCGCCCACAAAUUGCUGCGCGCAUUCCUUUGCGAGCGCCUCCAGUCCAGCCAACGCACCACCAUGCUGGCCGCCGGCUCCAUCGGCCGCCGUGUCGCCCAUGCCCACCCCGCCAUUCAUGCCGGCAGUGGGUGGCUGCCUCAUGGCUGACGUGGCGUUGUGUGGCGACGGCUCUGCGUCGCUUCUGCUGCGGCCAUUGGCGUUGGGUGGUGGCUGGGGGGCGGUGUUCUCGACAGCCAGUAGGCAGUGGAACGCGUCGCGCCAUAGCGCUAGGGUGACAUCCAACAAAUCAGCCUGAACACAAGAUACAGUUCUGGUUCCGUUGAGAGGGCAGGUAAAUAUUGAUGUACAGACAUACCGAUGUGACGGCCGCAUCAGCCCUGCAGUGGACCUCGAAACAGAGAGCCAUUUUCUCAUCGUGUGUACCUGCACAUGUAGACAGACAUUCACACCACCAGCACUGAGGAGGAUACCUACCAACGACCCACUCCCCUCGAUGCGUCGUGUACCAUGUCUGGCUCUCUUGAGAAACGUCAAGAGGUCACUCAGAGUGACGCGCUGCGCCUCACUCAGCACCGACCGAGGCUGCCCGUCGACCACACCCGAAUCACCACGUGCACCCUCGCCCGUCGGCACCCCAUCGCUCUCAUGGCUGUCUGUUACAGCCACGUGGUUGUUGGCCGCCAUAUCGCUGUCGGCCGGCGGCUGUGGCUGUGAGUUGUCAGCAGCGGUGGGAUUGGCGGCAGUGGCGGUGUUGUCCUGCCCCUGGCCGGCCUGUAUCCUGUCCUCCAGCCGCUGCUGCUUGGACGGAUUGCCCAGCGCAUCGAAGAUCCUGAUCGAUCAACAACACGGAAUGCAGUGAGGACCUGGCACUUCGCUCCAUGUGUGAGUGUGCGUGCACUGCACCUGUCCCAAAAGACGGGAGCGACCCUAAAAAACUUGGCCUCCCCCAAACGAUGCAUCAUCGCGUGAAACUCGGGACGGCCGGCUGCACCAGUGAUGCACACAGACACAGACAGACACAUGUAUAUGAUGACCACUCACAGCAGGACAUGGCAUCGGGCUGGGCUUGCCUGUCGGUUCACUGUCACAGUGUUGGUCGUUUUGUUGGGGCCGCGAAAGGUCCUCCUCAGCCAGGUCAGGUCGAGAUGACGACGCCAUCGCACCAUUCGACGCCCCGUCCCCCGCACCAGUCACCGACACAAACACCUCCCGGACGUACGCCUCGUCCUGAACACACAGACAACGACGCACAGCAGGCACACAGUGUGUCUGUGACCCCCCUUGUUGCCUCGCUGUCCUUCACGCGAUCACCGAUUGGUAUUCGUCGUUAGUGUGAGCUUUGCUGCCUCUCUUCUUGCGCGACAGCCGUCCAUCUGGCCCUCCCGGCCCUCCAUUGACCAGCACAGACUGAUUACAGCCCAUUCAACAUCCGGUGACCAAAAAACCGCCCACCGACGCGGGAAAAAGGGGCAGCAGAUGUUGAUGGGGUCACACCGCACGACACUCUGGGGAGAAAAGCGGAAAGUGUGU